AUGCGGCUCACCCACGAGAUCAUCGACACGGAGCGGGGCUUGGGCUGGUCGAAGAAUGCGGGAGCUAUGUAUGUGCUACUCAACAAUGGAAGCACUAACAUGUGGGGCGAAAAGAGAGGCUACCGCAUCACACUAGGUAUAGGUAUGGGCACAGCUCCUCAUCUCACCAUAAAUGAGUCCACGGCCAUUUUGAAUGCCGCAUCAUGGGCGUACCACGACCUGUGGGUACUUAAGCACCAUGAUCAUGAGCGCCGCAGCAGCAGAGAGUACAAUGCCAUGGAGCCAGAGAGUCCGCUCAUCGAUUUUGAAAAGAUGGUGAACAGCGAGAGGACAGUGCAGCAGGACCUAGUGGUGUAUUUUAAUCUUGGGAACCAUCAUGUUCCACAUAGUGGUGACGUUCCCAAUACGCUUAUGCAUACAAGCGGGAGCAGCAUCAUGUUUGUGCCUAUAAAUUUUCACGACCGAGAUCCAAGUCGUGACCGGGUGCAAGGUGUGACGCUGACAAUGAACACGAAGGAGGUCGUUGGCGGAAGUAAAGUCGAGUAUUUUGGUGCGAAAUAUGUGGAAGAUAUGAAUGCUCCCUUGGAGUGGCUAGAGCCAGAUCUGUCCGGUUAUUCGACGCCUGAUGAUUCACUGAUGAAUCUAUCAUGGAACUCCACCUUAGCCUCUCUAUUAGAGCACAGUGUGUAUUCAUCUUGGACAGAGUCACUUGUGCGGACAAUAAAUUGGCUAUCACAACUGUAA